UCAGACAUUCCGGGACACUCCGAGUCAGGGUGAAAGCGAACCUUCUAUCAAACUUCUGCUAGUUUGCAUCAGCGGUCGUCUUCCUGCAGAUUUUUAACCAAACAGCGAGAUGUCUUCUUCUCAGACAUUUUCGGGUGGAUACCCCGACCAACACAAGCGCGUCACCUCGAAGUCCAACCCUGGGUUCCUGGAGCGUUUGAGUGAGACUGCAGGAGGAAUGGCCGUCGGCGUCGGCCUGUUUUUUCUCUCUAUUUAUGUUCUCUUCACCAAUGAGGGCCGGGCUUUGCAGACAGCAUCUUCCCUGGACGAAGGUCUCUCUCAGGUCGUGUCGUUGGGACCUUACCUCAGGAUGGACCUGGAGAACAACAACCAUUUGGUUCAUCUGACUGCACCGCUGCACACUUCACAGCCUCUACAUGACCCCAACUACAGAGUGGAGCUGCAGGCAGCAAAGCUGAGGAGGCAGGUGGAGAUGUAUCAGUGGGUGGAGUAUCGUGAGAGCAAGGAUUAUCAAGAAAAUGGUGAAACGAAAACAGAAACAACAUAUACUUACAACACUGAGUGGAAGUCGGAGUUGAUCAACAGUCGCAAUUUUGACAAGGAAAUCGGUCAUCAGAAUCCCAGUGCCAUGGCGGUUGAGAGCGUGACAGUCGUGGCUCCAGAAGUCCGAGUUGGACCGUUCAUUCUGUCUAAAGGCCUGGUGGAACAGAUAAACGACUUCCAGACUUUGAGUUUGAAGGAUUACCCCGUCUCUCAGCUGGACUCCUUUCUCUCCAUCGAUGAUGAUUAUUUCUACCACACCCAAAAUCCACGCCGACCAGAAGUGGGAGACGUGCGAGUCAGAUUCUCCUACGCUGGACUGAGCGGUGACAACUCUCUCCUCGGCCCCGCUAAAACCGUCAGUAUCGUAGCCAUGCAGAGAGGAGAGCAGCUGCUGCCUUUCAAAACCAAGUCAGGGGACACUCUGGAGAUCAUUUACCUGGAGGAGCUGUCGGCAGAGGAGGUGUUUGCCAGGGAGCAGCAGUACAACAGCAUGAAGACGUGGGGCCUCCGGGCUGCAGGCUGGGCCCUCAUGUGCCUCAGCAUCCAGCUGGCCAUGCGCAUCAUCUACACACUGGUGGACUGGGUCCCCGUCCUCAGAGACCUGGUGUCUGUCGGCCUGAAGAUCUUCGCCGUGUGCGUCUCCUGCUCGCUGUCUCUGCUCGUCAUCGGAGUCGGCUGGCUCUUUUACCGACCUCUGGUGGCCCUGGCUCUGGGCGCGCUGGCCCUGGUUCCAGUGUUUCUUGCUCGCUCUGGACUUCCAUCCAAAAAGACCCAAUGACUAUUAAGGUGACAACAGAAAGAUUUGCUGAUGCCUGGCACAAGAGUGAGGCAGCCUAAUCUGAAAGACACACAGGAGCUGCUUUUUCCAUUAGGCAGGCAUCAGUCUAUUUUGUUUGACAACAUUAAGUGUGCUUUAUCUAACAUCCAUCAGAAGAUUUCUUUUGCUAUUUAUGUAAAAAAAAAAACCAAAGUGAAAUCUUUCUGUUGUCCAUUGAUCAUGAUCCCACGCAGCCUUUCACAGGUUCAUGAAGCGUUUCUCUCCGUCACUGAUUGUGGCUCACAUUGAGAAACAUAAGAUAGUUGUAUUUAUAUAAAAACAACUUCAUCUGCACUGAAACAAAAGAGAGUGUUCCAGGGCAAGAGGCAGAAACCUUAAAGUCAUUUGAUCAAGUUUCUUCAUUGCUCGGAGAAGAUGGUGAACUGCAUCAAUAUGCAGAGCAGGUUCAAAAACUUCCCAGUGAGAUGUUACAGAGGUCCGAGAAGCUGAUUUUAACAUCACCUGACAUGAAAUUUUCUGUAUUUUUUACUCUGUGAAAGAAAACUUAUUUUAUCACUGCGGUGUAGCAGGCGUUUGUUCAACAACUCCAAAAAUAAACCACUGUUAAGAUUUCAUGUUUUGGGGGAAAAGCCUACAGGCAUCAUGAGAGUGGAUGUGUUGCAUUAUUCAUUUUUAAGUUGAACCUGAUAUAUUUUUACACUUGAAGGGACAAUAUAUUCUAACAUACACACGAUAAAUGUGGUAUUAUGCUUAAUGUUGAAGUUCAGUUCUCAUUUAUAAAGCUGCCAAAGAAGUGGGGGACUUGCAGUUUUCUUAUUGUCUGUGUACUCUGUUCAAUAAAGUACUUUGUGUUUCUAUAU